ACCUUCCCCAACUUGGCCGCCAACGUGCGCAAGAAUGUCAGCGACAUCUACUACAUCUUCGUGGGCCGCUCCCUGGGCUACCUGGGCGGGUCGGUGCUCGGCGGAGUCCUCUUCGACUGCAUGAACGCCAGUCUGCUGCUCGCAUUAUCCUUGCUUGCAACAACAGCUGGUCUUUAUGCCAUACCCUGGUGUAAGGAAGCCCUGCUCUUGACUAUCUUGAUGUCAGUUAUUGGAGGUUCCAUGGGAAUUCUGGACACAGGUGGCAAUGUACUGGUACUGAACACCUGGGGAGCAGAUGCUGGGCCACACAUGCAGGCCUUACACUUCAGUUUUGCUGCUGGUGCCUUUGUGGCUCCAAUCCUGGCUAAAAUGGCCUUGGGAGGUUCUGAAUCUAAAGAACUCGAUGUGGCUGAAAAGACAAACCAGUCUGUCCUGAAGCUUGUGCCCACAGCAUCGGCUGCAUCAGCUACACCAGCACUGCCAGACCAUCUUGAGGAAGACUUUUUGUGGUCCUAUAUUGUCAUAGGGACCUAUAUCCUCUUGGUUUCUGUGUUCUUCUUUGCUUUAUAUUCAAAGGGUAGCUCAGCUCGAGACAAAUCAAAGACUUCUCUGCAGGAGAGCAUGCUUGCCAGGUACCACUAUGCUCUAAUUGGUCUCCUGUUUGUAUUCUUCUUCUUCUAUGUGGGAGCAGAGGUCACUUAUGGCUCUUACAUAUUCACGUAUGCAAAGGUCUUUGCUGACAUGAAAGAAAACGAAGCAGCUGCUUUGAAUUCUGUCUUCUGGGGUGCGUUUGCUGCCUGCAGAGGAGUGGCAAUAUUCGGUGCUGCUUUCUUGUACCCUGGCACCAUGAUCCUGCUGAGCCUCUUAGGCUCUGCUGUCUCCUCUUUGGCCUUGGCCUUCUUUGCGCAUUACCGCACCUCGCUGUGGGUGGGGAGUGCUGUGUAUGGAGGCUCCAUGGCUACUGUUUUCCCCAGUGGCAUUUCCUGGAUAGAGCAGUACACGGUCGUGCAAGGAAAAUCAGCGUCUCUGUUUGUGGUCGGCGCCGCGCUGGGUGAGAUGUGCAUCCCUGCCAUGGUCGGGUAUCUCCAGGGCAGGUUUCACCACAUUCCUGUGGUUAUGUACACUGCCUUUGGGACUUCUGUAAUGACCAUCCUGCUCUUCCCCAUCAUGUACAAAUUGGCCAACUGUCCCCCCAAGAAAGACUUGAAAGAACUGAGUGACACUGCCUCCCGCAAAGCUUUGCUGUCAAACUCGAGGCUUACUGAGGAUGAAGAGGAUGAUGAGGAGGAUGAGGAAGUGAGAGAGUGGAAUGAAGCAGACUUUGAGGUAAUAGAAAUGAAUGACAAGCUGAAAAACUCUCUGACAGACACCUCCCCUAAGAUACCAGAGGACUCUCCAGCUGAAGUCUCCCUCCAGCCCCAUGUGGAUGAUGUAUUGGGAGAUUCUUCAGUGGUUGCUGGUGACUCCCCUGGGAGACAGAAUGGGAAUGCUGACUUGGAGAAGAGUGAUUAA